UCGCAACUGACGCGAGCAGUUAAAUAGGUCCAUUAAACUUUUCACAAUUAGCAAGGGGUGUGUAGUGGUCAGACUGUUUAGUUUUUUUGUUCAAAAUAAAAAAGAAGAACAGAUUGUAAAAUGGGUGAGUGGCAAAACGGAUUGUUCGGAUGCUUCAGCAACUGCGGAGUUUGCAUAAUUACGUACUUUUUGCCGUGUUUAACCGCCGGACAAACUGCCGAGAAAGUUGGAGAGUCGUGCUGUCUGUACGGAUUCCUUUCGAUACUGGGACCUAUUGGAAUCUGGUCCCGAGCUAAGAUCAGGGGGAAGGUCAGGGAACAAAAAGGAAUUGACGGCUCAUUCGGUAUGGACUGCCUUAUGCAUUGGUUCUGUGGUCUCUGUUCCUUGAUACAGGAAGCGAACGAAUUAGGCGCCUCACAAGCUCAAUCGAUGGUGAGAGAAUAAACUUCAGUUGGACCAUCUGUCACGUGACCUCGACUCACAUUUAACAAUCAGCAGAACUAGAUUCAUGGACAUGACUUUUAUUUUUUGCAAUGAAUUUUAUACACGGACGAAAUAUCUCCGAACAAAGUGUAUUAUAAUUUUAAAAUAGCAAUCUUGUAUUUUUUUAGUCUUUUACUUUUAAUUUUGUAGAAUCUGUUUAUAUUAUCUAAAUUUCAGUAUAAUUUCUAAUAUACUCGUUCAUAUAAAUUGUGAUAAAAUUGUUUGUUUGCUGUCUGUAU